CAGGUCCGAGCAGGGCCGGGGCUCCGCGGCAUGGAGGGGGUCGGACCGCCACCCGCCCGCAGCCCCCAGCUAAUAGACAUUCAGUGGAAACUGGGUAUGGCCGUGAGUUCAGACAGCUGCAGGUCCCUUAAGUACCCUUAUGUCUCAAUGACGUUAAAGGUAGCGGAUCAGUCCGGCCAGAUAGUAAACAAGUCCUUUGAAAUGACAGUUCCACAGUUUCAGAAUUUCUUCACACAAUUUAAGGAAAUGGCUGCUGUUCUUGAGACAGUGUGAGAACAACUGGCUUGGGUUAAAUCUCUGUAACGUUUUACAAAUGAAGUGCUUCAUUUGAUGAAAAGAAGCUCAUGUAGAAUGAAAGGCUAUUAGCUUCGUGAAAAAUGUAUUCUGUUUGUAAUUCUAACAGAUUCUUCUAAAUGGAGGCUGAUCAAAAAGUCUAGCGUACUAAUGCUAUAGCCACCUUAGUGUAACCCAAUUUUAUCCUUGAAUAAAUGUUGGAAUUGAC